UAAAGUAUUUAGAAAAACCAAAAUAUAUAAAUGAUUUCUGUAUUAAACAAACUAUUUAUUGCCAAUAGAACAUUACCCCAACUCCUCCACAAAUCAUUGGCUAUACAACACUUAACCACCAUUUCGCGGGAAACACAAAAAAUGACUUCAAAUCAAGAUUUUUGCACUGAGAUCGUGUGGAUGGAUUUAGAAAUGACUGGACUCGAUGUUAUCAAAGACAAAAUAUUAGAAGUAUCAUGUCUUAUAACAGAUAAAAACUUAAAUGUUAUAGCAGAAGGACCUUGUUUUGCCAUCAACCAUCCCGAAAAUGUUUUUCAGGAAAUGAAUGACUGGUGUAUCAAACAUCAUAAUGAAUCUGGCUUGGUAGAGAAUUGUCUUAAAUCGCAAAUAACAAACGAUAAAGCCGAACAAAUACUAUUGGACUUUAUAAAGCAGCAUGUACCUAAAGGCAAAUGUCCAUUAGCCGGAAAUUCAGUGUAUAUGGACAGGUUAUUUCUACGUCAACUCAUGCCAUCUGUGGACGACUAUAUGCAUUAUCGUAUUAUUGAUGUUUCUACCAUAAAAGAAUUGGCAAGACGUUGGCAUCCUAAGUUAUUAGAUGCAGCACCCAAAAAAAAAUUUUCUCAUCGAAGUUUAGAUGAUAUUUAUGAUAGUAUUGAUGAGUUGAAAUUUUAUAGGCAAACAUUUUUUAAAGAUACUUAACGAAAUUGAAUAGAAUAAAUUUAAU